CCUCUGUGUUGUGUCCAUAGCUAGCGUGAAGCGAUGGCCAUCCUGUUUGCCGUUGUUGCCAGAGGCUCGACCAUCCUUGCCAAACAUGCCUGGUGUGGAGGGAACUUCCUAGAGGUGACUGAACAGAUCCUAGCAAAGAUUCCAUCAGAGAACAACAAACUCACCUACUCACAUGGAAAUUAUUUGUUUCAUUAUAUCUGUCAAGACCGGAUUAUAUAUCUCUGCAUCACAGACGAUAACUUUGAACGUUCCAGAGCCUUCCAUUUCCUGAAUGAAAUCAAAAGGAGAUUUCAGACGACCUAUGGUUCAAGAGCACAGACAGCACUUCCAUAUGCCAUGAACAGUGAAUUCUCCAGUGUCCUAGCUGCACAGCUGAAACACCACUCGGAGAACAAGGGCACUGAUCAGAUGGCGGAGACACAAGCCCAGGUUGAUGAACUUAAAGGAAUCAUGGUUCGAAACAUAGACCUGGUGGCCCAAAGAGGAGAGAAGCUGGAGCUGCUGAUAGACAAAACGGAAAAUCUAGUGGAUUCAUCUGUCACAUUCAAAACUACCAGCAGGAACCUGGCCAGAGCCAUGUGUAUGAAGAAUCUCAAGCUCACCAUCAUCAUCACAGUAGUAUCAAUUGUAGUCAUCUAUGUUAUUGUGUCGGCUGCCUGUGGUGGACUUACAUGGCCCAGCUGUGUGAACAAGUAAAGAGUGCUUUGCCAAUCUGCCAAGGAUGAGAGCGUGUGCAAAGAAGCAACCCACAGAAUAACAUGCUUUUCACUACUGACACUUCAUUCCUCCCUUCUUCUGAGACUUCAGACUUCUUUGCCUGAUCACCCCCAGCAGCCCCAGGUUACUGCUUCAGUGCCAUUUCAGCCUCAGAGUGCUGUGUUUUAAAACUAUUGGAAGGGUUUUGUUUCAUCUUAACUGCAGAGUCCUUGGAGGGGCAGGCAGCAAGGCUUGCUCCAGAGGGUACAUGCAUGCUUGUCUGUGUACACUUUAAUGGGCAUGUGCAAAGCAGAGCGCUGCUUCCUAGUGCUUCCAUCUCUGCAUAAUGGGUGGGGCUGGAGAGCUCAACUUGGGCCAAUGAAGGUAGGCAGAGUGGGGAAAGUCCAUUUUGCUGCUACUAUAUUGGGAUCUGAUUAAGUUUCAUCCCUAUGUUUGGUGCACAAACUGAUGUACUCCAUAGAGACCACCAAUGCAGCCUGGGUUGAGUUAGCAAAUGACCUGUUAUAGUAGAUGUUAAGAUCCCUUAAAGGCAUGGGCCCAUCUUGGAGAUGCAUCUCUCUUCAAUAUGGAACCCUUUUUUUUCCCUCUGAGAGAUCUCUUUGCACAUCUGUACAGGUGAGUGGGGAUUGAGUAGGCAUGCUGAAAUGAUUGCUUUUACUCUGUCUUCUGCCCUACUUUGUGACUAAGUUAAUAAGUUGGCUGCUGUUUGUCUUGUGUUAAAUAUUGUUUCUGUCCUGUAUGUUUAGUCUCCCCCCACUCAGAAUAAAGAUACAGUAAAUGCUUAUUAUUCAAGAUGAAGGCGAUGGAAUUGGGGCCAAGCUACUUUUUUAGCUUGCAAAAAGGAUGUAUUCUGAGAUGCCACGUGCUUGCAUUUCCAUCCUGGUCAGAUAUUUCCAUAUGUUAAGGAAACAAACCACUGAAAACAGGUCAGUUAUGGUUCCAUCCCAGUCGUAAGUUCACCUUGUGCUGGUCUGAAGGGGGAACUGAUACAAAACACUGUUAACAACUAAAGGCAGGAAUCCCUGACACACAUACUGCUAUGAGAACCUCACAGGGCCAAAAAUAGCUCCCAUGAGACUUGUCCAGUGACUGCUAGGUCAAAGGGUUUAUAAUGAAAGCUCUUAUCCUAAGAGUAGCUCUGUAUAACUCUUCAGUAGCGGAAAUGGGGGUGGCACUCCAGUUAUACGGUACAGAUUUGCAAAGUAGUGGCCUGAGGUCUGACAAAGACAGUUGUAAAGGGCUUGCUGAAUUUAUUUGUAAACUGUUCAGUAUUGCAGAGGGGAGACAAUUUGCUAUGGAAGGGAGGGAGACAAAGCAAAUCCUCUGAUAAAAUGAGAAAUGUGGAGAGCUCAAGACAAAUCUGUAACUCCUUGGCCCUAGAGCUUCGCACUGCUCGGUCACUGAGCACUGAGUAAUGUACUCCUCCUGUGAAGGUAGGGGACCUAACCCUAAGGCAUAUAUUUAAAGCCCUGUACUUACUGCAGUGCCAUUAAUCAACUGUGGUGUCCAGAACAGCUUUUGCACUCUAACCUUGAAUUUAUCCUUGAGUCACGUGAUACUGGCUGCCUGUGAAAUGGCACUAACAACUAAAUGGCCACCCAUCAUAUCCUUUGUAUUGCUGCAUAUUACACUGAUCUCUUUGCAGGUUCCCUUCUGUAAUAGUGCUCUAAAUUCCUAUCAGUGUGUGAGUUUAUCCUCAGUAGUCCAAAAUCUCACCCUUGGUAGUUGGCAAUUGGAAAGUACUCAAGUGUCUUCCUGCCAUGCAAGUAGACAUGUUUGUGACCCUGUUCUCUGUGUGUAGUCAAACUAGCAACGCAAGUGAACUUAUCACUCAGAGAGGUAGUUUUGAACUUAUUAGAAACAUUCAAUUAGUGAAAUACUGAUGGCUCAUCUGGGAAGAACAGGGAUAAGUCGUCUUCAUGCACUCAGUACUGCCUACAAUCAACAUGCAACUGUGCAUAUUUUAGGGACUGCUAAUGUUACUGUUGAUUUCCUAUUUGUCUUAUGUACAAACACUUUUUUAAAGGAAUACUUCUCUCGUUUUUAAAGAAUGCAGUGAGACAUUACUGUAAAAAACAUUAACCUGUUUAAAUAAAUUUAUGGCAAAUGA